UGCCCAGCCGCCAUAUUGGUUCGGGUGGCAGCUGCCGCCGGGAGGGGGUGCGCUAGCGCGGCGCAGCUUCUCUGGGCGUCGUUUUCAUCCUGGGGGAAGGGUCGGUGCAGUGUGAGGGGAGGUGGAGGAGAUGGCGGCCUCGGCGCGGGAAGAUGGCGCCCGCGGCCAAGAGCAAGGGCGGCGGGGCUGCGAGCACUAUGACAGAGGAUGUCUCCUGAAGGCACCUUGCUGUGACAAGCUUUAUACUUGCCGCUUGUGUCAUGAUAACAAUGAAGAUCAUCAGCUUGAUCGCUUUAAAGUAAAGGAAGUGCAGUGCAUAAACUGUGAAAAAAUUCAGCAUGCCCAACAGACUUGUGAAGAAUGUAGCACAUUGUUUGGAGAAUAUUAUUGCAGUAUAUGCCAUCUGUUUGACAAAGACAAGAAACAGUAUCAUUGUGAAAACUGUGGAAUUUGUAGGAUUGGUCCAAAGGAAGAUUUUUUCCACUGUUUGAAAUGUAACUUAUGUCUAGCUAUGAAUCUCCAAGGAAAGCACAAGUGUAUUGAAAAUGUUUCCCGGCAGAAUUGUCCAAUAUGUUUGGAGGACAUUCAUACAUCCCGUGUUGUUGCUCAUGUCUUGCCAUGUGGCCAUCUUUUACAUAGAACGUGUUAUGAAGAAAUGUUGAAAGAAGGCUACAGAUGUCCGUUGUGUAUGCACUCUGCUUUAGACAUGACUCGGUACUGGAGACGGCUGGAUGAUGAGGUGGCGCAGACGCCUAUGCCGUCAGAAUAUCAGAACAUGACUGUGGAUAUUCUCUGCAAUGAUUGCAAUGGAAGAUCUACUGUCCAGUUCCAUAUAUUAGGCAUGAAAUGUAAUAUUUGUGACUCCUACAAUACUGCUCAAGCUGGAGGAUGUAGAAUUUCACUAGGUCAGCAAUGACCAGCCUAUACUGCACUGGAAAACUCGGCAUUUUCUGAUAUAGAAAAAGGCUAUCUUUAGUAUCCUGUUGUCAUAAUGUGUCAGAAUCUAUGCAUUAGAGUUGAUGUGUUUUGUACUAGUGUCACAGCAUAAAAUCAUAUAACAAGUACUUGAGGAUUCAGGGUCUCUCUGUAGGAUUAUCAUAGCUCUAUAUUGGAUAAAAGCCACUGUGCUUGUGUUUUGAUUGGAAGUUCCUUUAGUGUCAGUUGUUUGGAAGCCAUUGAUGUUUGCCACUGAAAUUCACAUCCAUAGAAGUAUGUUAUACUUCCAUGGAAGUUUGCUUUAAGUGACACUAUGCACGCAGAGUUCAUUUCUAGUUCUUGAUAGAACUGCACUUAAUUCUAAGUGUUAUUCUUGACUUUGUAAGGGCUGUGCUGUAAUGAGAAUGUGUUCUGUCUUACUGAUAAAAUCUACAUAUGCUUUAGAAUUUUCUAAGACAGUCCUAUGGAUCCUGUAAAUGUGAAUUUUGAUGUAAUAACUGCUAAUAAAAUUAUAUUGAAACUA